AUAUAUAUAAUAAUGUUUUAAAAAUAUUAGCUUAUUUUUAAUAGCAAUGAAUAAUAGUGGAAUUAGAGUCUAUACAAACGAAACAUUAGCAACUAUACCAGUUAGUAAUUAUAUUACGUUAGGAAUUAUAACCCUCUUUGUUUACGUUUUAGCAAUCAUUUUUCAUUGUUUAGGUGUUUACUUGUUGACUUGUUGUAAUGCCGUUCGCAGUAUUCAAGAUGUUAUAAUAUUAAAUAUGAGUGUUAAUGAAAUUCUUAUUUGCUGCAGCUAUUUUGCACAAACUAUAAUUAUACAAUGCAAGGUGGAAAGCAGCACACAGACUUACCUAAUUGUUUCUGCGUGCUUGUUUAUUUUACUACCCAAUUUUAUGAUAAUGAUGCUACUCACUGUAAACCGCUUUUUAGAGAUUUAUUUGAACAUUCAUUACAAUAGAUUAAUUACAAAACAAAAUGUCUGUAAAGUCUUAUUUUUCUGUUGGGGAAUCGGUGCUGUAUGUGGAAUAUCUCUAGUUAAAUUUUCCAAUGAAAGCAUUGUAAUAUUUAUUUUCAAUUAUAUAUUGCCAUCAUUUGAGGGGAUCUUAUUUUUACUCGCUCUUAGUACAUAUAUAUACAUAUGGAAAAUUUUUAAAAAAACAAAACGUAGUAAAGAAGAUAACAGACUUUUAAAAAAAAAUUUUUUUACUCCUUUUUUUAUUAUAAUUUCUUUUAUCGCAUUUUUUAUUGCACCAGAUAUAGCAAAUCUUUUGUUGAAACUUUUGUUUUUGUUGGAAAAUCCAAACAUUUCGAAUUCUUUGCUUAUGUUGCACGGAAUCGGUUUUAUAUGCGACGCCCUUAUUUAUACAUUUUUACAACGCCGUUUAAGAAUAAGGUUGAAAAAACAGUUGAAAGCACUCAUUGAAAACAAAUUUGUAGGACCGCUUUUUAAACUGAGACAAAAACCUUUAGCAUACGUCAUCAAUACGACUCAGCUAAAGGAAUAGAGAAGAGCACUAUUUCAUAGUUCAUAUGAAGGUUCCGAAAAAUUCGCCGAAUCAAAGAAGAAUGGAAAUGUCUUUACUUGGCUGUAUAAAUAGGGGAUUUACUAGGCUGAAAAGUGAAAUCUCUAUUUAGAAAGUGGUUUAGAACAUAUAUUCGCUGAAUGCAGCGUAGUAUUUUUAUAAUAUCAAAAGUAUUUUCAUAAUAUCAAUGACAUUUUUAAAAAACCUGAAAGGUAAGGUAUCAAAAAAGAAGCUCCGCUUAUUGAUCAAAGUAUGAAUCUUAGAAAGAUAGCAGAGAGUUUUAAUUAGAGUCAAACUGGUAACAAGUAGCGUACCACAAAGUUCGAUUCUAGGAUCAUUAGAUUUUGUUAUGUACAUCAACAGUUUUUUUUAGUUGAUGUACAAAACAGCUCUUUUUAAACCUUAUUUAUUUUUUUAUAUUUAUUUUAUAUUUCUCUCAAAUUUGUAUAUUUUUUUUUUAUUCCUAAUUCUAAUUUUAAAGUUGAUGUAUUAAAACUUUCAAAAUUUGCGAAAGUUGAAAAACUCGCGAAAGUUGGAAAACUCGCGAAAGUUGGAAAACUUGCGAAACUUGGAAAACUCGCAAAAGUUGAAAAAACUCGCGAAACUCAAUUUGUAUAGCACAAGAUCGUUUUAAAAAAUUUAUAUUUUGUUUUAUAUUUAUACAA